CCCCUCACUCCCUUCACUCCCUUCACUCCCUUCACUCCCUUUACGCUCUUCACGCUCCCCACCCUUUCACUCCCAAGCUGUCCCAACUACUACCACUUCCCACUCCACUGCACUGCACUCAUCCCCGCACUGCACACAAUGCUAUUCACACAACGAGCAACCCUCGAUGUCCUCGACUCGUUCAAGGACAUGCGACUCGAUACCAACAACAACAACAACAACAGCAACAACACUAACACCGCCAGGCGGCCGACCUUUAGCACCUUCACUCGGCUCGCCAGAGCUCCCCCUCUCUACUCCUCCCUCUCCUCCCCCUCCCCCACCUCCACUCCUUCCUUUUCCUCGAAACCCACAGAGUCAGACUCGAUCGCCUCCACCUACAGCGACAGUAAUACCUCCACAAAGGGUCCUCACUGCUUCAUACCCACACCUCCUGCACUGAAUGACGCUUCUCAGCCAGACUACUUCAAGGCCUUGCCAGCAUGCGAUUCCACCCACUCGUACUCGGCCCUCAAACACUGUGAUCGAAAGGAUCUCCAGGAUCUCUCCGCGCCCUUGUUCCCUCAGGGCGAUAGUCUAGACAGUAACCCGUCCUUGUCUUCUGCCUCGCCUUUGUCUUUGACGUCCAAACCGGUUCCUUUCAAGCCGUCUUUUACCAGGAUCACCGUAUCAAGCAGGAGUGACAGAGGUAGUGCCAGUAACAGUUCUCUGACAAGCAGCAGUAGCAGCAGUAGCAGUGAUAAGCUGGGCGAUACUGGAAGGCGGUAUAGCAACAGCAGGAACCAGGCUGGCCCGAUCAGUUACGGUGCAUCGUCACUAUUACAGGACAAAAUGUCAUCGCCAUCACCAACCUUAUCCUCGCCUUCGUUCUAUAUUCCGCCACCGUCACUGCCGUCAGUCCAUCCACUCUCGCUCUCGCUCUCCGUCCCAGUCUCCGUCCCAGCCUCGAACUCGGUGCCCCCCUCGGCAGUGCCCUCCCUCUCCUCGGCCUCGUCAACGUGCUCGUCUGCCUCCUCCUCUGCGUCAUCGUCGGCGUCAUCGUCCUCACCGCCCAUGUCGCGGUUUGUGUUCCCGACGGUUGAUCGAAAGGACUGGUGGUCAGGUCUCGGCCUGGCUGAGACGCCCGCAGACGAAGAAGAAGACCGGUCAGGACCCAGCCUCGGACCCCAUGUCACGACUGACCUCAUAUCAGGAUCAGGAUCAGGAUCAGGAUUGGGAUCAGGAACAGGGUCGUACCAGCUGCUCACGAUGACAGACAAGACAUCGAGUGUCAGUCCUUUGUCUCAAAAGUUUUAUCGCAACAAGCCAUUGAAUACAAUCGAAAUUCAAGGAAACGACCGGUUGUCGGCUGUGGAUAGGGACGAGCAGGAAUGUGGCAACAACAGGAACAACAAGAAGAAGGGUUUUUCGGCGGAUUGGCUCUUAAAUGGAUAUGAGACAGCUCUGCCACCCAAAAAACAAGGAUUCCAGCAGGUCAGCAAGCCCAAAGCCUUUUUCCAGCCAAAGACGCGAGAGCCUUCACCGCCCCCGGUGUUGACGGGAUUCUGUUCGAUCAAGGAUCUUGGACCAAUCAAGGCGAGUGGGGAGCCAUCGCCGCAGGAUUUUCUGGGAGAGGCAGAUUUACCGUAUCCGCUACCGACGUCAUUGCAGGAGCGCCAGACGAGGCAGCGCAAGCGGGCGGAGCAGUUGAGACAGCUGAAGAUUCGGGAGGAGGGUGAGGCGAGGGAGAACUGGAGAAGGGUGAGGAGGCGAAGGGCAUCGUUCACGGGUGGGAUAGGGAUGCAUUCGAGCCUGAGUUCGUCUCCGAUGUCGACAGUGUCGCCGGCGGUGAUGGGAGCUUCUUUGCCCACGAGAUCGCUCUCGAUGUCUCUGUCGUCUUCACCCUCGUUCUCACGGUCGCUUUCACGGCUACCCUUAGUGUCGCUGUCGUCUCCUUUGUCCACAAAGACGAAUAGUCAUCCGAGGCUAGGAAACCAGUUGAAGCGGUGUCCUUCUUCGCCGGUAAAGAGUGCGACUGCAAGGAAACCGAGGCGGUGUGUGGGGUUUGAUCUGAGGAGGACAAAGGUGUUUGAGUAUGAGGCGGGCGAGGAGGUAUGUCUGUCGAGGCCAUCUUCUCCGGUGCAGAGGGAGGAUGGGGAGAAGGGAUACUUUGAUCUGCGUCCUAGAUCGUGUUUGAGGCGUCAUGAUGAGGAGGAGGAUGAGGAGGAGGAUUAGACCCCCCCCCAUGCACAUUCCAUUCAUCCGCUCGUGCGCCCCCAAUGCGCCCCCAAAUAAUAAAACAGAAAAAAAGUAGACGGAUUUGCAAGGAUGCUUUCUUUUCCUUUUUUUUCUAACACUCCAUUACAGAAAAAAAAAUGGUUUUCGUAUCCUGUAAUCAAAUUCGAUGAUAUCGUUAUCUUAUGUUCCUGUGCAGGGCCGGAAUUAUGGUUGGAGGAUUUUUAUUUGCAAAGAUAUCAUAUCUAUUGGCGAUAUACUACAUACAGACAGACGCUCGACAGAGGAGAAAAACACAUUUGGGGGAAGUGAAAAAAGAAGGAAAAAAAGGUAAAAACCAAAUCAGGCCGUGAGGAAUCAAACCCCAAUCCAAUGCACAACAAACAACGGAUUGACCAUUGGCUUUUUGCACAGAGGACCAUAGUCAAUGUUAACCUUUGAAUAUUUGGAAUAUUUGGAUUUUUUUUUUUUUUUGAAAGAAAUGUAG